UAGCAGCCUGAGGGCGUGUGUGUGUGUGUGUGUGUGUGUGUGUGUGUGUCCUGUUCAACACGACCUUCCCUUCUGUGCUGCAGUCAGACGAUAACACAGUGACAGGCGAUCAGGAGGUGGGAGAGAGAUAAUGGAGGCUCAGAGUCACUGACUUCAGAGUCACUACUGACUCAGACACCGGAUGGACGCAGUGCUCCGACACUAGCAGCCCUUAGCACCAUGCUCCACCGGCAUAUGAGGACAGCCGGGGUGGAGCUGCCAGAGGUGGGGUCAAAAGAUGUCCCUCUAAUCGGCUACCGUCCCCUCCCGCCGGACGCCGGCGGUCCUCCUGGUCAGUGGGCGAAGGAGACGGAUGCCAGAGAAUGCACCUCCUCUCAGGUCGAAGCCUCCCCCAUGAAAACCACUUGGUACUGUCCACUCAACCUGUCCACAGUUUCUGAGAAGGAAGAGGACGGCAUCAUCUACACGGUGAUCGUGAAGCCAAACCACGGUGCCCCCAACACACAAUCGUCAUGUCACCGCUCGCAGUUUGUAAAAGCCGGGACAGAGGAGAAGCUGGUCCUUCACCUCCUCCACUCCUUCUCCAUGGAGGACAUGUCCUUCAUCUCGAUCUUCCUCUCCACCUACCGCUCCUUCACCACCACGGAGAGGGUGCUGGACAUCUUGUCGGACAGGUUGGGAAAUCCACCAGGAGACAGCGGCAGUCCCACACGCCAGACGUUCAACAAAGCAGUGUGCACCGUGUUCAGUACGUGGCUGAGCGAAUACCCAGAGGACUUCCACUCGCUGGGUGAUCCCUCAUGCCUGCUCCGUCUCACUACCCUGUUGCCAGACCACACGGGGUCAGAGGUCAAAAGUCAGCUGCUGAAGAUCGCCGAGGAGCUCAGCGACAAGUCCUUAAUUCCUGACACUACUUCAGAUGCUGCAAAUGCUUUUCUCCAAACGCCAUCUCCCGACCCGUCAAAGUUCGACGCCACGAACAUCCUGGCUUUUCCAUCGAGCAUCAUAGCUGAGCAGCUGACCAAGAUCGAAACGGAGCUGUUUCUGAAGCUGGUGCCGUAUCACUGUCUGGGCUCUCUGUGGUCUCAGAGAGAUAAGAAGGGCCAUGAGGGCGUGUGCUGGUCGGUCAGAGCCACAGUGCGACAGUUUAAUCGUCUGGCGAACGCUGUGACCGCCUCGUGCCUGUGGCAGACGGAGCUGAAAACCCAGCAGAGGACGCGCCUUCUGGAGAAAUGGAUCAGUGUCGCCGAGGCGUGCAGAAUCAGGAAGAACUUCUCGUCACUGUAUGCCAUCGUGUCAGCGCUGCAGAGUAACCCCAUCCACAGACUGAGGAAGACGUGGCAGGAGACGGACCGGGAGGCGAUGAAGCGCUACGAGGAACUGGCCUCCAUCUUCUCCGAGAAAGACAACUACUCACAGAGCCGAGAGCUGCUCAAAGAAGAAGGCACUUCCAAAUCUGCCAACGUAGACACUAAAAUCAACAACAGGAGACACAUGUCCAGUGCUCAGGGCACCGUGCCGUACCUGGGCAUCUUCCUGACCGACCUCACCAUGCUGGACGCCGCAGUCAAAGACAGACUAGAGAAUGGCUAUAUCAACUUCGACAAACGGCGACGAGAAUUUGAGGUUCUGGCCAAAAUUCGUCUCCUCCAGUCGUCCUGCAGGAACAGCACGUUCCGAACAGACGAGUCCUUCGUGUACUGGUACCACAGCGUCCCCACGCUGACCGAGGAGGAAAGCUACAGACUGUCCAAUCAGAUCGAGCCUCAGGGGGAACCGAGUCCAGGACGUCUUACGCAUCCGACCGUGGUCAUCACGGAGUGUCCUGACGCUCUCUCUCCUGUCACAAGCUCGGGCAUGGAUGCUGAUGGAAUAUUUGAUUUCCCUUCGCCUGUCAAUCAUCUGCUGUCCAGGCUUGCCAAGCACGUGAAAUCCCCUUCCGUUUCCUGUCUGGAUGUUGAAUCCUCCCCUCCACCCAAUGACCCCACCCCCACUUCAGCGACCACACCUAAUAACGUCUCCAAAACCCAUCGGCGCUCCGUCUCGUGCGGGAACGCGCCGUCCAAGCACACACCAGGAGCGGGGCCAGACAUGCGAAUCGUCAAGAUACGGAUGGAUAUACAGGACGGGAAUUUAUAUCGAAGCAUUCUGGUGAGUAGCAAUGACAAAAGUCCCACUGUGAUCAGCUCUGCGUUAGAGAAGCAUAACCAAGACCCCGGAGAGGCCUCCAAAUAUGAGCUCAUCCAACUGCUUCCUGAAGGAAAAGAGCUGACAAUACCUGCCACAGGAAACGUGUUCUACGCCAUGAGCUCAGCGAGCGUGGACUUCCUGUUGAAGAGGCGAGGAGGAAACAUGCCAGUGGGCUCGCCGUCGCUGAACAAUGAGACCAGCGCAACUUUUCCACGAAUCAAGGCCAAGGGGCGGAGGCUGGUCCGAACACUCUUUUAACACAUGUUUUCAGUUCAGCAGAGACAAACGUGGAGUAACAUUUUGAAUCAAGUCCCAUCGUGUGGGACAAACGCUUAAAGGGAUACUCGAGUGUUUGGGGUUUUUAUUUUUAUUUUUUUAACCUCAUCUCUUUCUACAGCAUGUGUUGCUUUUGUGUGAUUACCACGGACAAGAAAUUCAUCACACUUCCCUGAAGUGACAAAAGAGGAAGGAAGUCUAAGGGCAGAUGUUGAACUUAAGCAACGAUGCAUGUUUUAUCAAAAAAGCACUUCACUUGUGCGAGAAAGGGGUGUGUUUUGAGGCUAGCUAUAUCUACCUGCUUUUAAGCUAGCAUACAAAUGUAGUGACCGUAAUCACACCGGUUAAAACGUUACAAAGUGUCCGCUAGUAGUUAAGAAGCUCAUCACUUUCUUGUACCAUGAUUUAAAAAAAAUAAAAUAAUUUGACAGAUGAGCUCUAAAAAAAAAAAUUAUGCACCAAUUAUUAUUAUUAUUAUUACUACUUCUUUUUCAUGUAUUUCUUUCGCGUUACUGUCUACCUACGCUGAUUAUUUGUCAUUUUAGGGUUUUUCAGAUGGAAUAGCUUGUAGCUCGCAGGAGUCAUGCAGCUCUGUUGGCUCAUGAACACCACAAUAUCUUCAGCAAAGUGUAUAAUAACUGGAACUACUUUUUGUUUGGCUAAGAAUUUCAAUCACAUCUGUCUUGUCUUCACAACUCUAUUGUUUCUGUCGAUCUGCUGGAGGUUUGUUACUUUAAACAACUGCCCUUAGACUUCCAUGACAAGCGAAAUUAGAGUAAACUAAAAAAAAAUUCCUUUGUUUCAUCAGUACAAGGAAAUUUUAGUCCAUGGGAAUCACAGACCUAUGAGACACACUGUGUUUCUGGGCCAUUCUCAGAAAACGUGAUGGGUAACGGUAAAGACAUUUUAAAACUUUUUUGUACACACUAAUUUUAAUUACAAUCCCUGUAAAUAUAUUUAAUGGACAAUAAAGCAUAUUUCAUGAAUUCACAAAGCAAGAGAUAUCAUUAUGAUGAAAAAAUAAUGCCCAGUUGUUGUCUUUAUCGUUACCCUAUAGAGUAACUGAGUAACGGUAAAGACAUCUCAUGGCAUUUUUGGGUCACUGAGUGCAGAAAAAAAGAUAAAUUAUGUGUUUACUAUCCCAUCUUAACUUGCUACUUGGCAAACGAAACUUUUUCAAAAUGCAGCAUCAUCAUUAUUCCGGGAUAACGGCAACGACAGUUCAUUUCCCUGACAUCUCGAAAUUUCAUAUUUACCUGAUCAGUGUUCUGGAUUCCAACACUCAUGCACCAGUGAUUUUUGUUCAAAAUGGCUGCUUUUUUCAACAUCCUGGUCCGUCCUCAUGUCGCUGCACUGCCCUCUAUUGUCAAAGCCUUGAGUUGCAGCAUGAUUUUAUCGUUUGGGUAACGGUAAAGACAUAAAAAAUGUACACACUUACGCAUAUAUUUGAAGCUGUACACCAAAAACCGUUGAAGCAACGAUCAUGAUAUUUUUCACAAUAAAAAGUGAAGGUAUGGAGGUAAUAUUUCAGAAAGAAAAGUGAAAAUAAAAUGAAAAACAAAGGAAUUAUUUUCAUUCAAAGUUCACUAAUCCUCAUUUAGGAUCCACAUGGUGGUAAUGACAGUUUGGUAUAUUUAGGCUCAAUAAAACUUUUGCAAAUGCAGACAAGUUCUCUGAAUAAUUUUUUUUUUUUUUUACUGCUCUGUUAAAUUCUUUCUUAAAAUAAAUAUAUAAUAGAGCAUCAGGAUUAAUGGUUUUAGAGAAAAAAAAACCUUCAUGUUUAAAGCUGAAUGUCACAUUUUCUGAGAAUGGCCCUGAUAUGAGGUUCAACUCACUGGAGUAUACCUUUAGCGUGAUUAUGAAUAUUAAGUGGAGGUUGAGAUGAAUCGGCUGCCUCGGUUAAACACUGCACUCAUUUUUGCAUUUCAGAAGUUCAGCUAAGACAACGAUGAGAACCAGAACGAUGCCGAUGCCACGUUGCAGGUGUUACGGCUUUCUACCUCGAACGGAGCGAUACCUUUAUUAGCUUCAGCUAAUCCGUGAGAACACUGCGAUGAUAAACGACUACAAAACCACAACUGCACCAAACGACGUGUAGCACUUGAGUGUACGAAUGUACAUUCAUCUCCGCUUGCGAAUUUACUUUAAGCAAAAAAAUAAAAAAGAUGAACUUUCACUGCCACUUUGUAACCAAGUAUGCAAACCUGAGGUUCUGAGUAAAGCUCGGAUAUUUUUGUCAUUUUACAUUUUGAACACCAACACACACGACACUGUCGUCUUUUACGAUCUGAUCGCCAAGCAGUAAUUCAGCAUCUGAUGGUGUAUUAUUACAGAUGUUCGAUGCACAGAGCACAAAACUCACUGAGAAAUGCAACACUAAGUAAAUAAAUAUAUAUAUUUUAAAGUCUAUUAUAAAUGUAAGCAUGUACAGUAAGGCAUGGGUUCUAGCUUUAAGUCAGAGUUCUCGUGUUCUGAUGAACCCUGCGUUGCUGAUGUGCAUCGGCUCCGAAUGCUCUUGAAGUCUCAUCUGGACUGAAGCACUCGAGCUCAUGGAUCAGCGCAGGGCAGAGGAACCGGGUCUCGGGUCUGUUUUUUUUUUUUUUUUGUCUGGAUGUUUUCCGUUUUUGUGGUGAAGUGCCUUGUGAUCAUCAGGUGCUCUCGCUUCUGCCGUGUUGCUCAGGAUAAGCUCAUGUUGUACAUUCACCUCUGUAUAGAUAAAAGCUGGGUUUAUGCAAAAUGUAUACCACCUAUUCUUGUAUGCAAUAAAUUUUCAUUUUGAUACA